CAUGACCACCACUUGGGCUCACACUCCUAUGCCAAUCUGGAGGAUGUUUAUUGUCAGGAUACGGGAAAAUCAUUAAUGCCGAUACACUUGAGGGCAAAAGUGGUGUAUGGUACUUUUCGUGAUAGAUAUAGGGGUGAUGAGAAGAAUUGGGAUAAGAUCAAGGCAAAUCUUGAGUUGGUGGAGGAAUCUGAGGCUGCAUCCAAGGAGGCUGUAUUUGUGUACAUUUCGUAGGAGGAGGAACAAACCGAGCCGGACCCUCACAUGCUUUCUGUAGAGGAGAACAUCAAUCUCACACAGAACCUGAUGGGUCAUAAUAGGAGAGGAAGAUAUCCUCUGCAUGGUGUCAGAGCUUCACCCGGCAUACGUAUGAGAUCAUCCACAGCAUCCUCCAUGCUAUCUACAUCAAUGAGAGCAGCCACAAGCAGUUUCCAGGCUAUGCCAUUUGUUGCACAUAUCUCUACGUAUCUAAUUAACAAAAUUGAUCCGGAACUGUAUAUUCAGGUGACUAAUGAGAUGACUGGAGUUGCGCUGACGGCGAACUCGAUGGACAAUCUCAUAGGGUAUGUUAUACAAUAUUUAGGCAGUGCGAUUCCUUAUAGCACGUAUGGUGGUAUCAUAUGGAUCAUUAGCUCGAUUGGCGAUAAUUCUGACGCUAGACAGAGCAGUGCUCAUAGUGGAGAUAUUGGAGGGAGCAGCACCUGUUCUCGUAAUCGGGAUAGAGAUACCCCCGUCAACGACGAUGGAUGAGGUUUUUUUAUUUUUAAUGCAAUAAACAGUUUUAUUUAUUAUAACACUACAUUUAUUCAUGUCGUGUAUCCUAUCUUAGUCAUGUGCAUUGUUAGUAUAUAUGUUGUUGGAUGUAUAUAUUAGACGGAACUGGUUGAUGUAUAUUUUGAAGUGGAUGGUUGGAUUUGUACAAUGUGUUGGAUUUGGUUAUAUUUGGUUUUG